AUGAAACUCUCCGGCGCGCCCGCAUUCCUCUUCUACCUCUCGUGGCUUUGGGCGGCGGCACGUGUCCGGCUGGACCGUCGCGCGAGUAUUACGGGUACCCCGGACGUGGAGAAUGAGGGGAACACGCAGUACAAGACGAACAUCACCCUGAACGACAAGGUCUUUGAGGUCCUCAUCGACACCGGAAGCUCGGACCUAUAUGUUGUGGGUGAUGUACCUGGGGCAAAGGACACUGGCAAGACGGGCUCGGUCACGUAUGCGAUCGGGUCCACCAAGGGCCCCAUAAAGACGGCCACGCUAGGCUUUGAAGGCUUCACGAUCAAGGACCAGGCCUUUAUCGAGCAGGCCCCAGACAGCCAGCACACGGAGGGUGACGGUAUUAUCGGUCUCGGGCCCGGGUCCUCGUCGAACGUGCAAGACGAGAUCGACAACUCGUCGGGCGACGCCCCGCUCGACCGCAUCUUCCGUCAAAACACCACCACGCCGAAUUACAUCACCGUGCUCCUCGGACGCAACAACGAUCCAACCGACACCUUUGCCGGGGACUUCACGAUCGGGGAGACCGUCGACCCGUAUGGCAACAUCACGAGCCAGCCAAAGCUCCCCGUAACGGACUCGAGCAGCGGACAGCACUGGACUACGCUCAUGGACAAGAACGGGAUCAUUGGGCCGGAUGGGCAGCGGAUCAACACGACGAAGCGUGCUACGGGCAACCGGUUGAACGUCAUGUUUGACACUGGUUUCACGUUCCCCCAGGUGUCCAAUAACAUUGCGAACAACAUAUAUGGACGUGUGCCCGGUGCUAAGUUGGCCAAUGUUACCGGGAUCGGUUCACCGAUUUGGACUCUGCCUUGUGACACUGAGCUCAACAUCAGCUUUGUGUUCAGCAACGUUGUCAUCCCUGUCCACCCACUCGACACCGUGACAGAUGCGUUCCAUGGCGAUGACGAUGCGAAUGGGAACCCGACUUGUGUUGGUGCUUUCCAGCCUAUCAUCCUCAAGAACCAGGGCUUCGACAUCAUCCUCGGCAUGUCUUUCCUCCGCAAUGCCUAUCUCCUUAUUGACUUUGGUGACUUCGUCGAUGGCUCCCUCUCUAAGGUUGGAGACCCUUUCAUCCAGCUCUUAUCGAUCACAGAACCUGUUGAGGCCCACAACGACUUCGUUCAAUGCGUCUCGGUGCGGCAACGACGAGGACUGGGUUCAAAGUACAAGAUCUACAUCAUCGUCGGAAGCGUCGUCGCCGGUUUCAUCAUCUUGACCCUCAUCGUGGCCGUCUCGUACCGCGCAUCGAGCAAGCGGCGCUACCGCCGCCUCAACGAGCCCGUCCCCGAGGGUCUUCCUUCAUACGGCAGGCCUCCAGCACAGCGCUACUAG